CUCUGCAUUGUCUAACGGAAUCAUACACAAAUAUACUCUCUCUCUCUCUCUCUCUCUCUCUCUCCAAAUCUUAAGGAAAAAAGCAUUGCCAAAGCUAAAAACUUUUAACAACGCAACGCAGCAAAACCAAGCUUCCAAAUUUCCAUUCUCUCUCUCUCUCUCUCUCUCUCUCUCUCUCUCUCUCUCACUUUCCACUAUUUGCACCCGAUACACAGGCCCAUCAAACGCACCGCAUUUCUGGGUUUCCAUUCAUUUUCGCAGCUAUCUCAUACAUUCUCAUAUAUACACUCCCCACCAACAUACCUUUCUCUCUCUCUCUUUUUCCUGCUUGCUUGCUUUUCCGCGAGUAUUUUUCCUCUCUAAACCUGGUGAUACUUUUGGACUUCUUAUGGAUAUGGAUGAAUUUAUUUGUGGAGGCUGAGGGAUAAAGAACUUUACAAUUCAACUUUAGAAAUAUAAAAAAAAUGGCUCCAGCUAGCAAGGCAGAAAAGAAGGCAGCAGUAGAUGCAGCCGCAUGGAUGUUCAAUGUUGUCACAUCCGUUGGAAUAAUAAUUGUCAAUAAAGCUCUAAUGGCUACAUAUGGCUUCAGUUUUGCUACAACGUUAACUGGUUUACAUUUUGCUACAACAACUUUGAUGACAACUGUCCUAAGAUGGAUGGGAUACAUCCAAGCCUCUCAUCUACCUGUGGCAGAGCUUCUAAAAUUUGUUGUCUUUGCUAACUUCUCUAUUGUUGGGAUGAAUGUUAGUCUAAUGUGGAAUUCUGUGGGAUUCUAUCAGAUUGCAAAGCUGAGCAUGAUCCCUGUAUCCUGUUUGUUGGAAGUUGUUCUUGACAAGAUCCGUUACUCAAGAGACACAAAGCUAAGCAUAGGAGUUGUUCUUAUAGGUGUUGGUGUUUGCACUGUCACUGAUGUGAGUGUCAAUGCUAGAGGCUUCAUUGCUGCUUUCGUUGCUGUGUGGAGCACUUCAUUGCAACAGUAUUAUGUGCACUACCUCCAACGGAAGUAUUCACUUGGUUCUUUCAGCCUCUUGGGACAUACAGCACCAGCCCAGGCUGCAUCACUCUUGGUAUUGGGCCCCUUUCUUGACUAUUGUCUGACAAACAACAGAGUUGACUACUAUGACUAUAACAUAGGCUCUCUGAUGUUUAUAUUUCUAUCAUGCACGAUUGCAGUAGGAACCAACCUCAGCCAGUUCAUCUGCAUCGGCAGAUUUACUGCUGUCUCAUUUCAAGUGCUCGGUCAUAUGAAAACUAUUCUUGUUUUGAUCAUGGGGUUCUUUUUCUUUGGGAAGGAGGGACUGAAUCUGCAUGUAGUUUUCGGCAUGAUUAUUGCCGUAUUUGGGAUGAUUUGGUAUGGCAAUGCCUCAUCUAAGCCUGGUGGGAAAGAGCGAAGGAGCCACUCACUCCCAACAAGCAGACAACAAAAACUCGGAUCAGAAUCAGCUGAACAUGAUGCAAAAGUUUAAGUGCGCGUUAAAGGAUUAGUAGAGAAUGGCUGAUUUUCCAGGAAAUUUUUGAAUCAUUCAAGGUUACAAAACCACCAUUUCUUCUGAUAAUUUCAUCCUUGCUUUGUAAUUUCUUGCCACGGUAUUCAAUCCCUAGUGGGAUUUGGAUACAUUAGAAUAGGGGAAAAUUCCAUUGAAUUAAACAUUUUUGUCUCAAAUGUUACAAUCAUAGUAAUUAUUUUUUCUAUUUUGUGAUUUUGUUCAA